CUGUGUGAUUUGGAUGAUAGUGAGUGGAUGAUGACAGUAGGUGAAACAAAUAAAUAAAGAAAAUACUCGAUUCAACUAAAAAAGGAGAAGAUUUACAGCAACAGCAUCGGUUCCUAAGCCCGCAUUUAUAAUGGGUAGUGCGACAUCGAUAUACACGGAUCAUAGGAUUAUAACUAUCAGUCCGAGUAACGACCCGAAGCAAACAAUUUUUCCAAACAAUCGUAUCGUCUCUCAAAAAUACACAAUAUGGAACUUCAUACCGAAGAAUCUCUUUGAGCAAUUCAGACGGAUUGCAAAUUUCUAUUUUCUCGUAAUGACGAUAAUAUCUCUGUUGAUAUCAUCUCCGAUUUCACCGUUAACCAGCAUUCUACCGCUAAGUUUCGUCAUAUUGGUAACCGCCUGUAAGCAGGGCUACGAGGAUUACCUUCGUUACAUAGCCGACCAACGAGUAAACCGAACACUCGUCACAGUUAUUCGCAACAAGUGUAUACAGAGCAUCCACUGCCAACAAGUAGUAGUCGGAGACUUGGUGAAGGUCUGUCGGGAGCAAGACAUUCCUUGUGAUCUCUUGCUUCUUUUCAGCACUGAAGAUUCCGAACGUUGCUACGUCACCACGUCCAAUCUCGAUGGCGAAACCAACUUAAAGAGCGUGAUGAUUCCAAAGAUAGCCUCAAAAAUGACCAUGCCACAAAUAGCAUCCAUGGAGGCAACUGUAACCUGCCAGCAUCCUUCGUCCGAUCUCUACAGCUUCCAUGGAAAACUGGAAAUCAAUAAAGAGAACAAUGAAAUAAAGAGUGGACACUUGACGAUUAACAAUUUGUUGCUACGUGGGUCCAGAUUGAAAGACACGGAUCACAUUAUCGGCUGUGCGAUAUACACAGGUCACGACACAAAGUUGUCUCUCAAUUCCAAGAUCAGGAGCAACAAGUUCUCCACGGCUGAAAAAUCCAUUAAUAAACAUAUCGCUACGUUCGUAGUGCUAUUGAUAGUCGAGGUGCUGGAAUCAUGUAUGAUGAAAAUCAUAAUGGAGGAAACAACGCACUGGAAAUCGUACCUUGGCGACAGUACUGAUGUUACUUUUUUCUCGCUGGUUACCGACUUCCUGAGCUUCACCGUCCUGUACAAUUACAUCGUGCCCAUAUCAUUGUACGUGACCAUAGAAUUACAAAAAUUCCUCAGUUCGUUUUUCUUCAAUUGGGACAUCGACAUGUACGACGAAGCCACGGAUCAACCAGCAUUAGCCAACACGUCGGAUUUGAACGAAGAACUUGGCCAAGUGGAAUACUUGUUCGCGGACAAGACUGGCACGCUCACCGAAAAUCUCAUGGUGUUUCGACGUUGCUCGAUCAAUGGGAAAUCCUAUAUGGAGAAAGAUUGCGAUGGAUCGCUAUAUCUCUUGCCUCCUAGCGGGAACGAGAACGAGGCUGUCAAAUUAACGACCUGGAAGCCAGAAAUUUGGCAUUUUAUGAUAAGCAUUGCCCUGUGUCAUUCGGUUCAAAUCUCACCACCGAGUCAAACACCGAUAAUCACCGCGAGACGCAAAGAAUUUCGAGAAAGCUUCAAACAAAAGAAGGUGAUUCAAGUGAACAGUUCUCUGCUAAUGCAUCCGGACUUGCCAGAGUAUCAGGCAACAUCGGCAGACGAGAAGGCUUUGGUCGAGGCCUCUGCCAGGUGUGGAAUCAUCUUCCAAAGAAGCACCAGCGACGUUAUUGACUUAAAAAUUGACAAUAAAAUUUUGACUUACGACAAGCUCGAAGUCUUAGAAUUUACAUCCGAACGCAAGAGGAUGUCGGUAAUAGUGAAAGAUUCGGCUGGAGAUUUUUGGCUAUAUUGCAAAGGGGCGGAUUCAGCUAUGUUUCCACUAAUGGUCUCGGGGAAAAUUAACGAAACUAUUACUCACGUUGCUGAUUUCUCUAUGAGGGGUUUUCGAACUUUGGUUAUCGGGUAUAAAAAGAUGAAUCAGAGGGAAUACGAACAACUGGUACAGAAAGUGGAACAUGCCAGACAGAUAAUUGGAAUCGAACGAGCAAUAUAUAUGGAACGAGCUUACAACGCGAUGGAAAGCGGUCUCACUUUACUAGGUGUGACCGCCGUCGAGGAUCGUCUUCAAGAAGGUGUGCCAGAAACGCUCGAAUCCUUACAUGUGGCUGGAAUUAAAAUAUGGGUGUUGACUGGUGACAAAGCGGAAACCGCAGAAAAUAUAGCAUUUCUCUGUGGCCAGUUCAAGAAUGGUACCGAGGUACUGAGAAUAUUAGAAGCAAUCGUGGAGGCAACUUGUCUUCUCAAACUUACAGAUUUUGAGCGAAGAAUGAAGCUCGAACCUCAUAAACAGUAUGGAUUGCUGAUCGAUGGAUGUAGCAUCACAGUUGCAUUGAAAAACCAUGCAGAACAGUUCAGAUCAAUCGCAAUGGCCUGUAAUGCAGUCGUCUGCUGCAGACUGACGCCGUUACAGAAGAGCGAAAUCAUAAAUUUGAUAAAAAGAUCUAUGUAUCGACCGCACACUGCUGCCAUUGGUGACGGAGGAAACGAUGUUUCGAUGAUACAAGAAGCGCACGUCGGAAUCGGGAUAAUGGGCAAGGAAGGUCGACAAGCAACCAUGUGCUCCGAUUUUGCGAUAGCCAAAUUUAAAUUCUUAAAAAAGGUUUUGCUAGUACAUGGUCACUGGUAUUACAUGAGAGUUAGCAUAUUAACGCAAUAUUUUUUUUACAAGAAUUUUAUUUUCAUCACGCCGCAACUACUGUUCAACGUGUAUUGUGGCUUCUCCGCACAGGCAUUUUACGACGCCUUAUUCCUAAUGCUUUUCAAUGUAUUAUUUACGUCUUUACCAAUAUUGACGUAUGGACUAUUCGAACAAAAUUACACUGCUGAUGAACUCUUAAAUAAACCAUACUUAUACAAAUUACAUCGACAUAACUAUUUAUUAUCUAGAUGGCAAUUCCUUUUAUGGACUGCUCUAGCGCUUUGGCAUACUCUCACCAUAUAUUUUAUGUCCCACUUGUACAUAUCCAUCAAUCCUGUUACUUUGUAUAAUAACACACCGGUCGACCAAUGGACAUUUAGUACAUUUGUCUUUCAUUUAGUUACAUUAGUGGCCAACCUACAGGUACUAUUUCGUAGUUCCUACUGGACAUUGCCACUGGUAUUAACAGUAUUAUUGUCAGAAUUAACGUUCAUUAUAUUUACUUUUAUUUAUUCAUUCAUGCACAAAAGAUACGACGGCGAUAUGUUAAGAGUAUUUGACAUAUCGAUAUUGUCGCUCACAUUUUGGUUUCUGACCAUCAUCAUCGUUAUCGUUUGCCUAAUUCCGGACUGUUUAGUCGUUAUAUACAACAAUGAUAGGCCCAUGCGUAUAAUGAGGAGGAACGAAGAACCGCCGCAAUGCAUUGACAGCAACAACGAGAACGAUAACGUGAGAAAUACGCAACGCUUUUUUAACAUGAUCCCAUGGAAGCACAGUUUUAAACCACGGAAAGCCGAAUGAGGUGCAAUCGCAUCGGACAACUUCAAUUCUAAUCAAGAAGAUGGAAGAAAAGGACUAGGAGUGGGGAAUGACAUAGCGUAGGCCUGGGUAUAGUGA